AUGACCGCCAGCGGAUUGAACAUUCGGCAACUCUGCACCGAACCAACCGUGACAGUCAAAGUCGGGCCGGAAGAGAAGCAGUUCUACGUGCACAAGACGCUCCUAACCCACCACUCCGAAUACUUCCGCAAAGCACUUCAACCGGGGCGCUUCAAAGAAGGUCAAGAAGGCAUCGUUUGCCUCGAGGACGUCGAUGCCUCAGUCUUCGGGGUGUUCGUCGACUGGUUGUACCGGCAAACCAUGCCCGUUUCUGCGGGCUGGGGCGUGACCGAGGUAACGAAGUUGUGCCCCUCCAUGAUGACCCGUUGCAAUCUGUUAGCCUGUCUCUUUGUCCUGGCUGAUCGAUUCAUCGUCCCGAAGUUGAAACCCGACCUCACGAAACUCACCGUAACAUUCUUCAACACUUUCACUGGAGUACCGAACCAUGAGACGAUUACCUACGCUUACGGCAACCUUUCCCCACAUAGCCCUUUCCUCCAGCUGCUCGCUGAUGCCUAUUGCAAGAACUGGAAACCUAGUCGCGAUUAUAAGGAAUGGAAGUCAGUGGGUGAGCUACCCAAGGACUUCUUUCGUCGACUCGUGUACCGAUAUGCUCGACCGGAUAGUCCUCUGCGCGACGUACCUCUGGUCGCUUCUAAGUACGUUGCCGAACCUCCAGCACCUCGAGACUCGGCUUGA